AUGGGGUCGCGAGAGAAGGACCAAACGACGUCGCACCAUCCACUGCUGAGCAGCCUCGUUAUACGUCCCACGGACAGCGUUGGCGGAGGAGGUGCCACCGGUGGCGGUGGUGCUGGAAGCGACUACGAACCAGGCGAGGUGCGUCGUGAUCCGCUUCCGUACUCUCGUUCCGAUCGAUACGCCUCCGAUGACCGUGGUUAUAGAAUACGUGCAGGCUCUAUUUCACCUGUGCGACGUAGGGAUGCAGAUCAUCGCUAUAGUCCUGGUUUUGAUCAUUCUGCUGCUCCACCACGUGGUCGUGGAUUUGGAAAUGGGAGAGAUCUUGGCAGAUAUCGGGACCACUCCCCUCCUUAUGGCCGUGGGAGGGGUGGUGGCAGGUUUGGUAGGGUGUAUGAUCGGCCUGGAUAUGGUCCAGGACCUUUCAGAGGUGAAGGUUUGACAAGAAAUAAUCCCAAUGUUCGCCCAAGAGAAGGAGAUUGGGUUUGCCCAGAUCCCUCCUGUAAAAACUUGAAUUUUGCUAGGCGUGAGCACUGCAACAACUGCAACAGGUUCCGUUAUGCACCUGCUGGGAGUCCUAGGAGGGGUUAUCCCGGUCCCCCGCCACCCGCUCGUCGUUUUCCUGGUCCUCCAGUAGAUCCUUCUCCAGGAAGGAUCAUGAAUGGCUAUAGGUCACCUCCUCGUGGUUGGGCCAGAGACGGUCCUAGAGAUUUAAGAGCUGCUGCCCCUCCCAGAAAUGUAGGCAGAUUCCCUGAGCCUCCAAUCCGUAGAGAUGAACCGGAUUUCCCUGUAAAUGACUUCAGGGAUAGAUACAGGUUUGAUAGACCAGUACCACUAGAUUUGGACCCCAGAGCUCGUGGAAGGGAUAGCUUCAUUAAUGAGAGGAGAGGGGGAUAUGAGAGGCGACCACUUUCUCCACCUCCAGCAGCACCUGCUCGUGGCCAAUGGGCUCGAGAUAUUAGGGAAAGAAGCAGGUCUCCUGUUAGAGGUGGGCCACCACCUAAAGAUUACCACCGCGAUGUAUUCAUGGAUCGGGGCCGAGAUGAUCGGCGUGGAAUGGGACGGGAGGCAUUUUAG